UUAUAAAAUAUGUUCAGCCUCAAAACUCUUUUGUAUAAAACUCCUUCUGUGUCAGCCAUCUCUGGAAGGAGAACUAUCUGCAGUUCACAAGCAUUCAAUGUUAAGCAAGGUAAUGCUAGCAUUUACAUUGAUCAUGAAGUUACAGAUCCAUUAGCAUUCCCAUUUGAGGAAUCAGAGAUGGACCUGAAAGGAAGGAACUCUAGACCUCCAAAGAAAGCAAAUCAUGGAGCCAGACCAUGCUCUUCCGUUAUGAGAAAGCUGAAGAGAUCCAAAAUGCCAAAGAGAAGAGCUUCAUAAUUGUGAUUGAUUCAAUCUGGAAAGAUUA